AACAGUAAUGAUCUGAUCUGUAAGAUCAAUUUGUAAGUUGGAUAUAUUUUUGAACGCACAGCAAGUCCGCCUGAGCCCUGAAGUCGGGACUGACAUUUCGACAGGUCUAUGGUUUAAUGCUCUGGCAGACGGAUUGAGUGGCGCAGAUGUUCUAGGCAAACUUUGAAUUAAUUAGCCCCCUACUGACCACUAACGGUGUGCUGUCUUUCUCUAUUUCGGUUCAGUAUUUGUAGGACAGAUGGUCAUUUUGUAAGAGGUCAGCGCCUCAGCUUGGAGUUGAGACACCUACAUGAAAAUAGCGCUUUACCUAUGGUGGCAGGUCAACUUUAAAAGGACAUCAUUCUUUGACGAGAAAGACAGAAGGCUGAUCAGAUGAGACAAGUUUCCUUCGGUCAUGAUAAGUGAUAAGGUGGUCAAACAGGAGACACGAACGAACGAAUCAUCCAAGAUGGGGCGUACCACCGUUCUGCGCCUGGUGGACCGCCAGGCUCCCAGUAUCCUCCGUAGUCUGUUCUACCUCAUCCUGGUGUGUAUCCUGGUCCUGGCCGUAGAUGUCAUGCUGCUUCAGUACAGCAAGAACAGUCGCUCCAACCAGCUCUUCGGUUAUGACAAUAUGGGUAUGCCGCAGCGCCGGUCCAGGCCCAGCCUAGAUUCAGAAGAAGACUCUCGGUCAAUGAGACGACCCAUGAGACAUAAAGUCAAGCCCGACCCUAGAGGACCUCUUCCGUCUCUAGCUGUCCCGAUCAAUAGAGCAUACUUUGAGUCUUCAAACGUAACGUGCCGGAAAGGUUAUGCUAGAACGAGAUUGCAGAAUCUUUAUGGAGAUCGAUUUGAUCCAGAUAUACCUCUAUUUGUAGAUUCUAGCUUCCUUGAUAGACCCAAUGCAGUAAAUCUACCCAUGCCAUUUGGCUUCAGAGAUGCAGAAAGGACAGUACUGAAUAUUCUGAAACAUAUGCCUCAAACUGAAAUUCCAGAAGAUAUACCUCAAGAUUCAUGUCUUCGUUGUGUAGUGCAGGGAAACGGUGGCAUCGCCUCCAGAACAAGGCUAGGGGAGGUCAUUGAUAACUUUGAUGUGGUCUUCAGGUUAAACUCUGCUCCUACCAUCAAUCAUGAGAAUGACGUUGGACGUAAAACUACCUUCCGGAUGGCCUACCCGGAGAGUGCGUUCAGGCGUCCAGAGCAGUAUGAUCCUGGCUGGACGUUUGUCCUUAUGAUGUUCAAACCACUGGAUCUUGUUUGGCUAGAAACGAUUAUUAGAGGACGUAAGAUGAAUAGCCGUGACGGGUUCUGGAAGAAGAUACCUCUGAGCGUUCCCAAGCCAACCAAAGACUUCCGCAUCUUCAAUCCAGAGAUUCUUCAAGAUACAGCGAGCAUGAUGGGAUACCAGCUCAACGACGGCAAGGCAAAUAAGAACAUCCCAACGAGUGGAAUGCUAGCCAUCAUGAUGGGGGUGCGACUCUGUGACGAGGUGGCUGUGGCAGGAUUCGGCUACGACCCCAACAAGCCUGGUGCUGCCCUCCACUACUAUGAUUCCCUACCCAUGAGGGAGAUAUGGAAGUCUUGGACCCAUGAUAUACAUCAUGAAAGGGGCAUACUCAGGUUACUCAAGCAGCAGGGGAUCAUCACAGAUUUGAGUGGUGGAAUCCGGUAACACCAAGCCCACGCGAUCGGGUAGUCUUCGUAGAGGGGCAGACUGGGACAAAAAUUCACCUGGGUAUUAUCGUGGGACUAGUCCACUCAACUAGCAUCCAACCACCCCUCAAACCAUAAGUUGGCUAGCCCUCUAGCAACAAUACUUACCAGCCCUUUUGGGCGACUCCCAGAUCUUUGGACUACCAGUCUACCACUACCUGUACGAUGUCUUUGUAUAGUCAUGUGCCAAAGUUACUUUUAAACUUAUUGUAUAUAUAAUGCUUUCCAAAUUGCGAACAAAGGUGUUGUUUUUUGUUCUUCAUCUUUUUCAGUCAAAAUUUUCUUGUUCAGUUGGUUUCCCAAUUAUUCAGUGGUUAAGAAAGUAAAAGAAGAUAAAAGAAGAAUUAAAUUUAAAUCUGGUUCAGUGGCAGUUCCAAAAUAUUGAAAGAGAGAGGUACUCAUCGUAAGUGGACUCAUAUUGUACUUAUGUGCUUUAGGAAGUUGGUAAGAAAUAUAAAAUUGGACGUGCGUCCCUGUUCCACCUCUGGGUUUGGCGCUAAAAGAAAAUCUGUGAUCAGUCCCUCUGAUGCAAGUUAUACCUGAGAAUCUAUUUGCUUACCAAUAAUAUAAUCAGUAGCUUCCUUAGCACUACUUCAAAAUCCCUUCUAGCACCAUUUCAGGUCAGCUGUAACAGUAUUUUAAAUAUAUCAACUUAGAAGAAACUCACAAAUAUACAAAAUAGAUAAACAAGAAACAAAGACAACAAUUGUACAAAUGUAUGUACUGGUAUGUUAAAGCUUAUCUUGAGCUCUGGUACGGGAAUCCUAUGUCAAGAGAACAUGGCUUUAUUUCAUUCUGGAUUGUUUAUCCUGCAGUGGAUUGAUUGUUAUAACCAGUAAAAUAAAAACAAUCUCUAAAAAAACUUGCUGGAGUCAUCUUCAAUAAAA